CGUGAAUGCGGUGAUCGUCGAUGGAACAGUAUUCUCAUCUUUCACCUGGACGCGUCGUUUAGUCUUUCAUGUCGGACCGCGAAGGGACCUCUGGAGGCGGAGAUGACGACCUUUCACUACCAAAGGCGACCGUGGCCAAGAUGAUUUCGGAGUUACUCCCCAGCGACAUCGUUUGUGCGAAGGAAACGCGGGAUCUGGUGAUAGAGUGCUGCGUAGGUGAGCCCUCAGCUAUUGUCUUCUCCCCGUUUGCUCGCAAUUUCGAUUCAAACACUACCCGCCCAGAAUUCAUACACCUCAUCUCGUCGGAGGCAAAUGAAAUCUGCGAACAGGAGUCGAAGAAGACCAUCGCCCCCGAGCAUAUUAUUGGUGCUCUCAAGCGGCUCGGAUUCGACUCAUUUACUUCCGAGGUCGAGGACGUUCUGAAGGAGCACAAGCAGCAACAGAAGGACCGAGAAAAGAAGGUCUCGAAAUUUGAGCAGUCUGGAAUGACACCCGAGGAGCUUCAGGCCGCCCAAGAAGAGUUGUUCGCGGCUAGUCGCGCCAAGUUCCAGUCUACUGGACCCCAGCCCCCCGCAGCAUAAGACCGAUGGACCGCCUAAAUGUAUAGUGUAUGUGAGACCACUGUAAUUCUAAUUGACUUGGACAUCUCGCGUUCUCGCUCUCAG